AUGAGAAAUUUCAAGAAUAAUAACACCGAUUUUUAUUUAAAAGAAGUUGAAAGAAUAAAUGGAAUCAUUUAUUUGUGUGAUAAAAAAAUUGAAUUAUAUAACAGUAAUAAAAAAAAAUUUUAUAAUAAAUUAUCUAUUUUAUUAGACUAUGAAUAUUUUUUAAAAAAAAAAUAUUUUAAUUAUGAAUACAAAAUAAAUGAUUUUAAAAGUAAAAUUGUAUCUUCACAAAAUGGAAAUCAGGAAAAUAUAAAUGUCGAAAGUACUUUAAAAUCAAAUAAAAGAAAAAAUGAUGAUAAAAAAAUUAAUGAAAAAAAUAAAUGGAAAUUGUUAUAUUACUUGAAAAAUAAAAGUAUUAAUAAUAAGAUAAAUAAAGAUAAUGAAUUAAAGAAGAAAUUAUUACCACUAAAAAAUAUAAAAUAUAAAAAUUCCACAUUAAAUAUUAAUAAAAAGAGAGUAAAAUUAACUAACUAUGACUCAUCAAAACAAAUAAAAUUAUGUUUAAAAAAAAAAAAAAUUAAGACAAUAGGAAAAAAGUUUUGUAAUACUGACUUAAAAAAAGGAAAUCAUAAUUUUUCUUUUAAUUUAGGAAAAUUGAAUGUUGAAAAUUAUGUGAAUUUAUGUAUGAACAAAAUCAAGUAUAUUAAAAAUGAAGAAAAUAAUAAUUUUGAGAAUAAUAGAAUCAAUAAAUAUAAUUUAUCAAACCUCUCUAAAAAAGAAGAAAGAAAAAUGAAAAUUAAGGAAAAGUAUGAUAAAAAUAACUGUAUAGAAAAGGAAGAAUUAAAUAUUACAAUGAUAAAUAAAGAUACAAAAGAAAAAAAGAUAAAUAAAAAUUUAGAAAAUAAAAAAGAUAAUAAAAAUGAAAAGAAAAAAAAUAAGCAUACAAAUAUAAGUCUUAUAGAUAAAGAGUGUAAAAAGGAUAACAUAGAAUUAACUGAAGAUAAAAAUAUAUUAAAGGAUAUUAUUGAUGAUAAAAAGAAUGAAAAUUACAGAAACAAUAAAAAUUACCAUAGAAAGAAGUUUAAAUUAUCCUUUAAUAAAAUAAAUAAAGAAACAAAAAAAUGUUAUGAGAAUAAAAUGGGUGAUAAUUAUGAAGAAUAUAAAAACAAAAAUUUAAAAAAAAAAAUAGAUGAAAAUAAUAAUAAUGAAAAAAAUGAAUUAAUAAAAGAAAUAGAGGUAAAUAAAAGUAAUGAAUUAUUAAAAGAAAUAAAUACAAAUGAAGACAAUGAAUUACUAGAAGAAAUAAAGUUAAAUAAAAAGGACAAAUUAGAAGAAGAAAUAAAGAUAAAUGGAAAUAAUGAAUUAUUAGAAGAAAUAAUUACAAAUGAAAAGGAUAAACUAAUAGAUAAUAUAAAGAUAUAUAAAAAUGGUGAAUUAGAAGAAGAAAUAAAUACAAAUAAAAAAGAUGAAUUAGUAGAAAAAAUAGAAAUAAAAAAUGAAAAUGAAUUAAUAAUAGAAACUAAUAUAAAUGAAAAGAGUGAAUUAAUAAAAGAAAUGAAUACAAAUGAAAAGGAUAAAUUAGUAGAAAAAAUAGAAAUAAAAAAUGAAAAUGAAUUAAUAAUAGAAACAAAUAUAAAUGAAAAGAUUGAAUUAAUAAAUGGAACAAAUACAAGUGAAAAAGUUAAAUUAGUAGAUGAUAAAAAUAUAAAUAAAAAAGAUGAAUUAGUAGAAAAAAUAGAAAUAAAAAAUGAAAAUGAAUUAAUAAUAGAAACUAAUAUAAAUGAAAAGAGUGAAUUAAUAAAAGAAAUGAAUACAAAUGAAAAGGAUAAAUUACUAGAAAAUAUAAAGAUAAAUGAAAAAGAUGAAUUAGUAAAAGAAAUAAAGAUAAGUGACAAAAAUGAAUUAAUAAUAGAAACAAAUAUAAAUGAAAAGAGUGAGUUAAUAAAAGAAACGAAUACAAAUGAAAAUAAUGAAUUACUAGAAGAAAUAAAGAUAAAUGGAAAUAAUGAAUUAUUGAAAAAAAUGAAUACAAAUGAAAAUAAUGAAUUAAUAAAAACAGAAAUAAAAAUAAAUGAAUGUAAUUUUAAAAAGAAAAAUAUAGAAAUGAAAGAAAAUAUUAGUAAAAAUCACAAGAGUGAUAUUAAAAAAAACAAAACCCAAAACGAGAGAAAUAUUGAAAAUGAAAAAUCUAUUACUAACAAUGAUAUAUAUUUAAAAGAAAUUCCUUCAGAAUUUAAAUCUAUAAAGAUUAGGAAAAAAAAAAAAAAAGAAAAAGAAAAGGAAAAAGAAAAAGAAAAAGAAAAAGAAAAGAAAAAAGAAAUAGAAAAAGAAAAGGAAAAAGAUAAAGAAAAAGAAAAGGAAAAAGAUAAAAAAAAAGAAAAGGAAAAAAAAAAAGAACAAAAAACAAAACCAACAAAAAAGAAGGUUGAAGAAAAGGAAAGCAGAAUUAGAAAAGGAAAGGAAAAAAACAAAAAGAUAAAAGAUGAAACAAUUUUGCAAAAUAAAACUAUUGAAAAUGAAAUUGUUCAUGAUAUUCUUAGUGAAUAUUCUAAUACAUUACAAUAUACAAGUUUUUUAGAUUAUAUAAAAAAUAAAAAUAAUUCAAAAUAA